AUGUCCGCCAACCCUUCCCUGGACCCUGCUCAGCUCCCCCAGGAGCACCCCAUUGAGGAGAAGGCUCCCGCCCCUCCCGCUCCCCCCGCCGGUGGCCUCGAUGACGAGCCCGAUGAUGAUAUGGACGCCCUCAUUGAGGAGCUCCAGUCUGAUGCCGGAGAUGACAUUUUCGGUGAGGACGCCGACGACGCCGAGGAAGGUGCCUCCGCCAAGCCCGUUCCCGAGGAGCUUCUCCAGACCGACCCCUCCGUCGGUCUUACCUCCGACCAGGUCCUUCAGCGACGAAAGAAGUACGGUCUCAACCAGAUGUCCGAGGAGCAGGAGAACCUCAUCCUGAAGUUCAUCAUGUUCUUCAUCGGUCCCAUUCAGUUCGUCAUGGAGGGUGCCGCUAUUCUCGCCGCCGGUCUGGAAGAUUGGGUCGAUUUCGGUGUUAUUUGCGGUCUUCUGAUGCUUAACGCCUGUGUCGGUUUCAUCCAGGAAUUCCAGGCUGGUUCUAUUGUUGAGGAGCUCAAGAAGACUCUUGCCCUCGGUGCUGUUGUUGUUCGAGACGGUCGUGAUGUUGAGAUUGAGGCUCCCGAGGUUGUCCCCGGUGAUAUCCUCAAGCUCGAGGAGGGUACCAUUAUCCCCGCUGAUGGCCGAAUUGUCACCCCCGAUUGUUUCCUCCAGAUUGAUCAGUCCGCUCUUACCGGUGAGUCUCUUGCCGUCGAUAAGCACUUUGGCGACAACACCUUUGCCUCUUCUUCCGUCAAGCGAGGUGAGGGUUUCAUGAUUGUUACCUCCACUGGUGACAACACCUUCGUCGGUCGUGCCGCUGCUCUUGUCAACAAGGCCUCCGGAGGCCAGGGUCAUUUCACUGAGGUCCUCAACGGUAUCGGAACAACCCUUCUUGUUCUCGUUAUCAUCACCCUUCUUGUUGUCUGGAUCUCCACCCUUUACCGAUCUGUCCCCAUUGUUGAGAUUCUGCGAUACACCCUUGCCAUCACCAUUGUCGGUGUCCCCGUCGGUCUUCCCGCUGUCGUUACCACCACCAUGGCUGUCGGUGCCGCCUACCUCGCCAAGAAGGAGGCCAUUGUCCAGAAGCUGUCUGCUAUUGAGUCUCUUGCCGGUGUCGAGAUCCUGUGUUCCGAUAAGACCGGUACCCUCACCAAGAACAAGCUGUCUCUUGCCGAGCCCUUCACUGUCGAGGGUGUUGAUGCCGAUGACCUGAUGCUUACUGCUUGUCUCGCUGCCACCCGAAAGGCCAAGGGUCUUGAUGCUAUUGACAAGGCCUUCCUGAAGUCCCUGAAGAUGUACCCCCGAGCCAAGUCUACUCUUACCAAGUACAAGGUUGUUGAGUUCCACCCCUUCGACCCCGUUUCCAAGAAGGUUGUUGCUGUUGUCGAGUCCCCCGCCGGUGAGCGAAUCAUCUGUGUUAAGGGUGCCCCUCUUUUCGUUCUCAAGACUGUCGAGGAGGACCACCCCAUCCCCGAGCAGAUCCUCAACGACUACAAGGCUAAGGUUGCUGACUUUGCUUCUCGAGGUUACCGAUCCCUUGGUGUUGCCCGAAAGCGAGGCGAGGGACACUGGGAGAUUCUCGGUAUUAUGCCCUGUAUGGACCCCCCCCGACACGAUACCUUCAAGACCGUCCAGGAGGCCAAGCAGCUUGGUCUGUCCAUCAAGAUGCUUACUGGUGAUGCCGUCGGUAUUGCUAAGGAGACUUCCCGACAGCUUGGUCUCGGUACCAACAUCUACGACGCCGACCGACUUGGUCUCGGUGGAGGAGGUGACAUGCCCGGUUCUGAGGUUUACGAUUUCGUUGAGGCUGCUGAUGGUUUCGCUGAGGUUUUUCCCGAGCACAAGUACAAUGUCGUUGAGAUUCUGCAGCAGCGAGGCUACCUUGUUGCCAUGACCGGUGAUGGUGUUAACGAUGCUCCUUCCCUUAAGAAGGCCGAUACUGGUAUCGCCGUCGAAGGUGCUUCCGACUCUGCCCGAUCCGCCGCUGAUAUUGUUUUCCUUGCCCCUGGUCUCUCCGCCAUUAUCGAUGCCCUGAAGACUUCCCGACAGAUUUUCCACCGAAUGUACUCUUACGUCGUCUACCGAAUUGCUCUGUCCCUCCAUCUUGAGAUUUUCCUUGGUCUGUGGAUUGCUAUCCUCAACGAGUCUCUUGACAUUGACCUCAUUGUCUUCAUUGCCAUUUUCGCUGAUGUUGCCACCCUUGCCAUUGCCUACGAUAACGCUCCCUACUCUCCCAAGCCCGUCAAGUGGAACCUGCCCAAGCUUUGGGGAAUGUCCAUUGUCCUUGGUGUUGUGCUUGCUGUCGGAACCUGGAUCACCCUCACCACCACCUUUGUCAACAACGGUGGUAUCAUCCAGAACUUCGGUGUUCGAGACCCCAUUCUCUUCCUUCAGAUUUCCCUUACUGAGAACUGGCUGAUUUUCAUCACCCGAGCUAACGGUCCUUUCUGGUCCUCUAUCCCCUCUUGGGAGCUUGCUGGUGCCGUCUUCAUCGUCGAUAUGGUCGCCACUGUCUUCUGUCUGUGGGGUUGGUUCAUUGGUGGUCAGACCUCCAUUGUUACUGUCGUCCGUGUCUGGGUCUUCUCCUUCGGUAUCUUCUGCAUCUGUGGUGGUCUCUACUACGUCAUGCAGGGCUCCGUUGGCUUUGACCGACUCAUGAACGGUCAGCCCAUGAAGGAGAAGCCUAAGCAGCGAUCUCUUGAGGACUUUGUUGUUGCUAUGCAGCGAGUCUCCACCCAGCACGAGAAGGCCGCAUAA